GUACGCAGCUCCUUAGUAACUGCAAGUUCGUUGCAAUUGACCCAUGAAGACCUCGACUCAGGCAGAGGGGCUUUUAUCAAAACAUUUUGCUUUCCUGUCCUGCGUGUCCGUGACGUGUUUUGCCUGCGCGGGCGUGGGUGAAAUCACGUCUGUGGUGAGGGAUUCGAACAGGAAGUGGUGUUGAUGAGCAACCGUAGUUAGGUACAGAGGUCUUAAAGGAAAGCAUGGGCAGACAAAGGCAUGGCAAGAGAGUGAUCUCCAACAGCAGUAAAGAUGGAAGCGAUUCCGUUCCUCUUGGCAAGGAGGAUAAGAAAAAAGACAUUGCAAACUCCAUCCUUCACCGCAAAGAGAAGAAGAAAAAGUUGGACAUUGCGAAGGUCUUCAUCAACAUUUCCAUCGGCCUCUGCAUAUUUAGUUUAAUCUGGUUCUUCUAUGCUAUCUACAUGCGCUCCUACAUGGCCAGAAGGAUCAUUACCCCUCACCCCUCCCCAAAAAUCUUGGAUGCUAACAGCACCAGUCCAGCUGUGUCUCCUCAUCUCUUCUGGGGUUCCUACAGACCGCAGGUGUAUUUUGGGAUGAAAACACGGAGUCCCAAGUCGGUUGUGACAGGUAUGAUGUGGAUGCGUCAGUUUGGAGGGAUGGAUGUGAACCUGCGGCACACCUGUGAACAAGGAGAUGGGCUGCUAAGCUACGGCUGGCUGAUGCACGACGGGGUGAACUUCGGGAUACAGGAGAUCAGAGACACUGAUUUCACUUUAACCACAGAGUUUGUGAAGAGACAAGGAGGGGAGCAGGGAGGAGACUGGACCUGGAGGAUCACAGCCAAACAGCAGAGCCCCGCACCCCAGGCCCCAGUGAUCUCGCUGAUGUUUUAUGUGGCUGCAGACAGUCAGGGGUCCCUGCAGGCACACAUCGAGGAGAGGAACCGCCUGGGGUCGGUGACAGGCUCCUCCGAGGAGCUGGGCCAGUUCAAAAUCACCUUCCGCAAACCUUCUGCUGGGGAGAGCACGACUGCAAAGUAUGCCAGCUAUAACCACCUUAACACUGUCAGUCCAGGCUUGGAGAAAUUAACAGAUAUAGUCAAAAACAGUCUGAGUGGCAGGUUUGUCUACAACCCCCCCUCUGGUGAAAAGCGGUACUACAUUGCAGUGGACACCUACAAACCCCCGCCACAGCAGCAGCAGCAGCGAGGGGAGAGCAGGAAGGAGAGUGACUUUGUGGUUCACCAGGUGACUAUGCAGACCCCCUUCCAGAUCGAGGUGCUCUUUGAGUCUGCCAGCUUCAGGGACCGGCCCAACCAGCUGGCUGCCGAGGUCUUGACGGAGGAGUUGGAGAAACUGAAAUAUGCUUUCGACGCAAAGUUUGAAGAAACCUUCGGUCUCCACAGGAAAGGGUACACGCCGGCUCAGAUUAAGUUCAGCAAAGCCGCGCUGAGCAACAUGCUGGGUGGGAUGGGCUACUUCUACGGGCAGUCUGCUGUUCAGUCCAAAUACAAUGAGUAUCCACUGGCUUACCCCGAGGGCGCCUUGUUUACUGCCGUCCCGUCCCGUUCCUUCUUCCCCCGGGGCUUCCUCUGGGAUGAGGGCUUCCAUCUGCUCCUCAUCAGCAAGUGGGAUCCUCAGAUCACCAGGGAGUCCCUCGCCCACUGGCUGGACAUGAUAAAUGUGGAAGGCUGGAUCCCCAGGGAGCAGAUUCUGGACGACGAGGCUCGCAGUAAAGUUCCAGUGGAGUUCAUCGUUCAGAGAAACGAGAACGCUAACCCACCCACCCUCUUCCUGGCCUUGCAAAAGCUAAUCGUCGGUUUUGCUGCGAAAGGAGUAGCAGUAGAUAAGGACACCAAAGCCUUCUUAAAGAGACUCUUCCCCAGGCUCCAGACUUGGUUUGAGUGGUAUAACACAACCCAGGCGGGACCCAUCCCCAACUCCUACCGGUGGAGAGGUCGAGACAAGGACACCAACCUGUUCCUCAACCCUAAGACCCUAACGUCGGGCCUGGACGACUACCCCAGGGCCUCACACCCUUCCCAGGACGAAAGGCACGUGGACCUUCACUGUUGGAUGGCCCUGGCUUCUGGAAUCAUGGCGGAUGUGGCCAAGCUGCUGGGGGAGCCCCACCACGAGUAUGAAAAGACACACCAGAUUCUGAGUGACAAUUCUGUGCUGGAGGAGCUCCACUGGUCCGAGCAGCUCAAGACCUUUGCCGAUUACGGGAACCACACUCAGUCAGUGGCCCUCCAGCGUGAGAAGGUCUAUGUCCCUCCUGGCCAGCCCAGGCACCAGUUUCUGACCGCCAGGCUGGUGCGCUCUGUCCGCAAAGCCCCCAAGCUGCAGUAUGUCAACUCGUUGGGCUAUGUCAGCCUCUUCCCUUUUCUGCUGCAGAUCUUGCGGCCAGAUUCCCCCAAACUGGAGCACAUCCUCAAGGACAUGCGGGACGACCAGAAGCUCUGGACCCAGUACGGACUGCGCUCCCUUUCAAAGUCCGACCCACUGUUCAUGAAGCGGAACACGGAGCACGACGCCCCUUACUGGCGCGGGCCGAUAUGGAUCAACAUUAACUACCUAGCUGUCAGGGCACUGCAUUACUAUGCCAAUACUGAGGGGCCGUAUAAAGAAAAGUCGGCAUCGCUCUAUCAAGAGCUGAGGACUAAUAUCAUUGAGAAUGUUUACAGACAAUACAUGGAGACUGGUUAUAUCUGGGAACAGUACAAUGACAGUACGGGGAGGGGGCAGGGAAGCCAUCCUUUUACCGGAUGGUCUGCUUUGUGCGUGUUAAUGAUGGCAGAGCAGUACUGAAAUGGGCUCUGCUGGGAUGUCAUCUUCUUUUUUUUUUUAAAUAAAGCAAUUGCUUUAAUACAUUUUCUAUCUGAGAUCUGUGACACAAUAUUUCUCUAAAAUUGUUGUCUAGUUUUUUUUCCUUCAUUUUGAAUAAUCCUCUGGAAUGCCACAAUGAUUCUUUUUCUUAAGCUGUUUUGUAAAUAAUCUUUAAAGAGCUGUUUUUAUUGUGCUAAUUAUCUUAUUGUGGUAAUAAUUGAUGAGACAGGGCUUGUUCUAACUGGAGUUAAAGAAAUUGUUCGUUCUGUACAUGGUGGGACAAAUUAGCACAACCAAUUUAUCAAACUUCACUGUAACAAAACUUAGUUAACCUGCAUCUUGAAACGUAAAUGCUGUAACAUCUUCUGAAGUUGUUUCUCGCUCAUUUUGUAACGUUGCUGGUGGUAUUUUCCUUUAAUAAAAUGGUGAAAAAUUGCACACUGGGGUGAAAACGCAGAAUGUCAAUUAAGCUAAAGGGAGAUCGCAUUAUGUGUACGAAGAGAUGUCACAGUCUUCUGUGUGGAUAAAAUGUAAGACCAGAGGCUGAGGAUUUUACCCAAGGGAGGGAGUUGAUUAUCUCUAAGUACAUUACAGUACAUUCACCCUCUACCUAUAGCUACAACAUUGUGUGACAAGGGCUUUGGACUUGUCUUUUAAGGUCCUAGAUUUAUUAUAUAUUAAUGCUCUGCUAUCAGCGUGACAGUCAUUCAGUGACAAGCUUUGCUGUGGCUGGGAGCCUAUGUGAUAUUUCUCACAGGAUAACACGAUUGCUUAACAUCAGCAUUAAAAUAUGAAAGUGCUCGACUGAUGACCAGAUAUGACCCAGAAUGUUCACCUGUAUUUUGUAUUUUAACUACUGCACUGUUAAGUAGUGUAGUCAGUGAAAUAAGUCCUAUUCUCCCAUGACUUUAUUAUUAUUAUUAUUAUUUAUUUCUUAGCAGACGCCCUUAUCCAGGGCGACUUACAAUUGUUACAAGAUAUCACAUUAUACAUUAUUUCACAUUAUACAGAUAUCACAUUAUUUUACAUACAAUUACCCAUUUUUACAGUUGGGUUUUUACUGGAGCAAUCUAGGUAAAGUACCUUGCUCAAGGGUACAACAGCAGUGUCCCCCACUGGGGAUUGAACCCACAACCCUCCGGUCAAGAGUCCAGAGCUCUAACCACUACUCCACACUUUAGACUCCUACAGCGCCAGCCACUAUAUAUUUUGCUGCUGGCUCUGUACAGUUUUGAAACUGCAAGUAGUUCUGGGUCAUUGCUAGUAUUUGUGGUGUCAAUAGCAACCCAGGAGCUCAGUAAAAUGUGCCCAGCACAAUAUGCAUAUUUUUUAGCCUCAUUUGAGAUGCAUGCCAUGCUAAUGGUUUUAUCCAUGAAUUUGUUUUACAGUUUGUAAAUAUUCAAGCGCAUUAUCCCCAACUGUAAAAAAAAAAAAAUCAGUCAGUUUUGUUUACCUUCCUAUUCCAUGACAAAGAGAAAUUAGUGGAUGGAUUUAAGAGCGGCUGUGAGUUGCAAGCCAUGUGAAGAUGUAGUGUUCUGGCUUGGCUGGUGUCACCGACAGACAUGGAUCUUUGUUUUACUGUGUUUGGUUUAUUGGGCAUGAAGCUCGAAUUGCCACUGAGAGCAAGCAAAGGGUAUGGGGUUGUUGCAAAUCCGGUGGCCCACUGCAGCUUGGGGUGGCUAUGUAACACUACAAUGAAUUGCAGAACCAAACCCAUGUUAAGAAUCUGUCCAUCUAAAUACUGCAGCAGUCACUGCUCUAGGAUAUGUUUAACAGUAAAAACAUUUGAGCUCAGGUAUUUUCAUUUGUUUGUAUAUGUAUGUUGUAUUUCGAUUGUUUUAAUUCAAUGUGAAUUGGUGCUGGUAAAAGACAUAGGAGACUGAAAAACAAUGCUCUCCAAGCAGCUAGUGUGAUUUUAAAAACAACCUGGGCUUUGUUUUGUAAAAUCCUGUAAAAAAAAAAAAAAGAAAAAAUUGUGAAAAUAAAAGUUGUUGAACGAG